GCUCAAAGUGGAGCAACUCACUAUCACAUUACAAUACACAACACUUCAGCUUUAAACCUGAUAAAUACACCUGAAACACAUUCAUAUUGGAUAAUCUUUUAAAACAUUUUAGGCUGGUUUUAGCUGUUUGCUUUUUUUCAGCAGAGAUGCUUAAUAGACAAAAUGAGUAAUCAGUAUGUUUGUAUGCAAAGUGUUUUGGAUUGAAUUUACAAUUAUUAUCCAUUUAUUCUAUGGACGAGGCUUCUGGUUCAUUAGCCGCUAUAGGGAAAUAACGAGAAUAACAACGUGCGGUAGAUGGUAAAAUUACUUGCACUACAAACCAGUGUGUUUGUAGGUCAUCAGGGGGUCAUCAGAUGCCCAAGUUGAUAUGAUUCUUUAGGGUCUUAAUGAAAAGUCUCUAAUAUACUUUGAUUAAAAAUUCUCAAUGGUUGUGUAAAGCAACACCCUUUUUACCUUGUCAAAAUCAGCUCUGCAAAAAUCAUCCCAUUCUGGUCGAGGCUGCUUUAAAUGCAAAUGAGCUUUGCUUGCCCCGCCCCUCUCUUCUCUCUGUGGAGAGACGAGCCUGUUUACUUUAGCCGCGUUUAGCCGCUAAACUUGCAAACUAGCACAUUAUUAGGAAAGGCGAUCGCAAAGAUUCAUAAAAAAAACCCUUAUACUCACUUCUGCUGUAAGUGAAGCUGGAUCACGAAUGAUUCGCGCCAACAUAUACGGAUAUAUGUAGAUUGGGAGGUGCAUUCCCUUCACAAACAAAUGUAAUCCACUGCAUCUUCAGCAGCUCAGAUGUCGGGAGUAAAUGACGACCACUAUGUUCAUUAUUACAUCCAGCAACAAAACACCUCAAUCACUCAAUUCUUGUCUAACUUACAUCCCUGCUCCGGCAUCAAAACAAUGGAGGUCGGACUGUUACAGCUGAUUUGAGGUAAGACGCUCAUGUCAAUCAUCUAUCGUGGGAGCGGCAUCUGACGUGUGACGCCAGAACGACAGACAUCUGAGAACGGCUCGAUUUGAAAAAGGGGAUAUUAUUUUUACAGAUUAAUUAAAAAUCCACUACAUGGACUUUUAUCAUUAUAGGGUAGAUUUGUACAUACACUGACAACACACAUUAAUGUUCAAACAACAUGAAAAAGUGAACUUAGAAUCCGAUGACCCCUUUAAAAUAAUACAUUACAAUAAUAUGGUAAGACACACCGAUUUGCAAUAUCAAGCUGCCAAAGGAGCUGUUAUGUACAGCUAAAAAUAGCUGGACACGGAUGACACCAGAAGCCACACCCAUAACACAAAAGGCCACGCCCACGCCUCUUACGAGAACAAUCAGGUGGAUAAAAAGGAACUUUGUAUGGUUGGAGACUCUUUGAAACUAGACUUUAUAAUUAAUGUAUGCUUUCGUUUUGCAUAGGUUCAUUAAUUUUUACAUGAAAAUUGUACAUUUUCAAAGAAAAGAGAGAUGUUGAUCUAUAUUUCAAUUCUUUGUAAGACCCUAAAAGCUAAAAACAAACCAAGUCCUCUUUAUUUCUGUACCACUUUAAAUACCUAGUACAGCUUGUUUCAAAUCAGUAAUAAACAGGAAAAUAAAUAGCAAAAUCAAUGAUGCACGGUUUAUUCAAAGCUGCAGUAGGAUUUAAUGUAUCAUAACCAUUUUGGAAUGUUUUUAUUUACUUUACUAGAACACAAAAAUCGCUUUAAGAAUGUUUGUUUAAGCGACUUCUGACUCGACCAAUCAUGUGAGCUUGUGGGCGGGACUACCCGUUAGACUGACCAAUGACAGCCGGGGUGUGUGUUCGAGAAACGUGUUUGAAAACACGUAGCUGCGGCAGAAAACGGUUUGGAUGUGUGUGUGUCACACCCUGGAAUCCUCCAGAAGAUCCAGCGAUGCCAAGCCUCCUGAAACUGAGCAGAUCCACAAAUAGAUUCUUCUACAUUAAAGUCCGUCCAGAGCUGAAGAAGAAGCUGCUGUUGAUGAUGAUGAUGAAGGUCUUGCAGCAAACCCAGUGUCUGACUUCGUCACGUCGGCGGAGUUCGGCACCGUGCGCUCGGUGUGUAAACCGGUUCCGAACACGAUGGUUCUGUGUUCGGGUAUCGGCUACGGAGAGAUGCGCCUGCCGAACCUGCUGGGUCACGACAGCGCGAGGGAGGCGCAGCAGCAGUCCGCCGCCUGGAUGCCGCUGCUCGGCAAGAACUGUCACCCGGACACGCGGCGCUUCCUCUGCUCGCUCUUCGCGCCCGUGUGUUUACCGGAGGUCACGGCUCCGGUGCGCCCGUGCCGGAGUCUCUGUGAGGCGGUGCGGGACGCGUGUCUGCCCGUCAUGAGCGCGUUUGGGUUUCCGUGGCCGGAGAUGUUCAACUGCAGCCGGUUUCCAGAUGGAUCGGAGCUCUGCAUCCCCGGAGAAAAAGACCAGACCCGGGCUGAACCUACCGACACGACCAAAGGUUCUGUAAUGUGUGAAGUCUGUAGUUCAGACUCAGAAGGAGAGCAGGAGAUCCAGCAGAACUUCUGCAAGAGUCAGUUUGCGUUCAGACUGCGGAUCGGCUCCUGGUCUGUGGUCGGGACAGACGUGCGUGUGGUUCCUCAGGGUCGCAGUCGUGUUCUUCGCUGGGCCGGCGGGCCGCAGGAGCAACAGGCUGCGAUGGAGCAGAGCGCCCUCUGGCUGCCACACGGAUGCUCCUGUCCCGCGCUGGACGGCCAGCUCACGGGCUCCUACGUCGCCCUCGGUAACAUGCGGAAUGGACGCAUGGUGCUCGGAAGACUCCUCAAAUGGUCCCGUGAUGAGAAAGAACUGAAAAAGUUCAUCAGGAUGCUGCUGAGACAAGACUGCUGAGAUACAACCCACGGAGCAGGAAAUUAAAUGCUUUAAAACAACCUGUUUUACCCUGUUAUUUGGCAAAAUGUAAUUUUUUUUUAAAUCAAUCUAUUAAAGGAAAAUAACCCCAUUGCCCAGUCAAUCAUGAUCCCACCAACAGACCCUGCAACUCUGACACAACUGAAUUGUAGUAUAUGAAGAAAUAAAAAUAAUAAAUGAUUAAGUAAAUAAAUAUAUAAAAUGAAAUAUUUAUCAAAAUAAAGUAAUACAUAAAUACACAUAAAUAAAGGAUAAAUAUAACCUAAUCAUUUUAAAAGUACACACAAAAGCAAGCAGGUCAUAUCUAUUGUAGGGUUGUUUUCUCUAUUUCCAUUUUUCAAAAGAUGUCAAGAACUGUUGCCAAAUUGUGUAAAAUCUCUGGACUGAUGCCUUUUUUUUGUCAUUUCCAAUAUUGCUUUACCUCUUUAAUUAAAGUAAGUAGGGGUGAAGAGGAUGCUUUCAUUUAAACAAUUUGCCUUUUUAUAUUUU